UUCUGAGGUCCUGGUUUCGGCGGGGGGCACAGUCAGCCCAUAACAGGGGCAUCUGUCACCUCACAGUGUUGGCUCCCACUGGGCUUCGCUGAGGAGAUGACAGUGCCCCCAGCCUUAUCUGGCCCUCCCUGGCAGACAUGUUGCCUUCGGUUCGGGCACUGUGAUGGCGUGUAUCUUCACCACAGAAAGGAGUCCUUGCUCACUGCCGUGUCCCACGGUCACUGCCACAGUGGAGCAGGGCCUGGCACCACGUGCUCUGAUCCCUGGCUGGCUGGAAGCAGGUUGGAGCAUCAGACUGUGUGCUUCCUGCCUGGGAGGGCCUGGAGUUGUCCUUACAGCAGGUUACCAAGUCUCCGUAAAGCAUCGUCACACACUUAGUUGUGUGGAAGGUGGCAGCGGUUGGGCAGCUGUGUUGGAAACCCUGAUCCCAGCCCCCAGCAUCCUUGGCUCUAUAACUGAAGGCCCGGCUUUCCGCUUGAGGCCCCUUUCCUGGGAAGAGGGUAGAGCUGUAGACUAGCCCAGUUAAAACCCAGCCACCAUUGAGUAUCUCCAAGGUGGAGGGGAGAUUUCGAAGGGGUACCAUGGCAGAAAAGCUAGCUGGAGCUGGCAGAAUGGGGUAGUUCAGGGCUUUAUGUGCAGCAAAUGGUUUUUAAUGGUGACGAGGCAGCAGCAAAGAAAACACCCCCCAAGGAGAUAGAGACCUGCUCUUGGGCCUAAGAGCACAGGGCAGGAGCGCGGCCUCGCCGAUGGAAGCGUGUGGAGCGCGCUAGAAAAUGUACGUGCCCAGAGGUGUUACUUGUGCCUGUCUCAUCCAGCAGACAACCGAGGUGUGGCCCAGAGUGGUAGCAGGGUGCAGAGCUGCACACCUGUCCCCAGCCUGCAGGGACACACACACACCUGUUCUCUGAGGGAAAACCACUUCUGAAGAGAGGGAGCAUAUGCAAGGAAGUCCCUGAGGCUGGUGCUGGGGCCUGCUGUGUGGGGAGGCUUCUCAGACUCGGUUCUAGGGAACCAGAUGGAGGCCGACACCCGCGAGGUCCAUGGCUUUGAGGCUGCUUAGCCACAUGGGGUUAUCCCUUUUCCUCUUGUAAGCAGGAGGUCCCAGUCCCACCACUAGAGACAUCACCAUGUUCUUCCCUGGUGUCCGUAGAGGCCUCUGCUUUCCAGCAGGAGGCAGCGGAGAGCGGUACUUGUCUAUCUGCUCAUCUCCCCGUCAGGGAGGCCUGGGCAGAGGGUGGAAUGGGCCAGCACCCCACGGCCAGUCCUGCCUUGUGGAAGGGUGUGUGGUUGUGCAUCGAGGACCAGGCAGGGGAUGCCCCGUUUCAUAAGGACACAGAGAGGUCAAAAGGGCAGGUGUUGGGGGAACAGCUGGGUCCAUUCCCGAUGGUCUCAUGAGCUGUGUGGCUGAGGAACCCCAGAGUCCUUACUGUGGGGUGGUGAUUCCCCUGCUGCUUACCUCACUGGAUCGUCAUGAAGAUUCAUCAAGAAACGGCGGAACUAAGUGUUCCUUAGCCACCGAAGAUGGUCUGUGUGGGAUGGCCUUUGGCUCACCUGGGCCCGCCCACGAACUGCGGAUCCCUGGAGCUGGAGACGGUGCCGUUGUUAGGAACCACCAAGAGCCCUAGAACUGGGCCCUGGAGGAUUUUGCUGUGGGGUAGUAAUGAGCUGCUCGUAACUGGUCGUCACACUGGUUACGAAGUUGGUUGUGAUGCGAGUUAUGACCCUGGGCGUGAUCACGGACACCACAGAGGUGUCUGACAUGGCCAAGGUGCUCUCUAGGACUACAGAGUAGGAGACAGCCUGACACGUACUUGGAGAGUCCAAAAGGAAGGUGGAUGGAUGUUGGGAAGCCUCAUGGGGGGCAGGCCGGGGUAGCUGGAGCCUCCAGAACCCCAAGGGAACAAGAAAGCAGUAGGACCCCUGGGUGUGGCCUCCUGUAAGCCGAGGGCCACAAGCAGUGGUUGUGCACGGGCAGGGCUGCAUCAGGGUGGCUUGGCAGUGGCUGGAGAAAGCAGAAAUCAGGCCUGGGGUCCCACUCAGAGCCCCAGCCGGCUCCUCAGGCUCACCCCUGCUCUGCCCCUCAGCAGCCGUCCGGCCUUAUUUUCCUCCAAGCCUGCCUGUCCCCCAACUCAAAGUCUUCAAACCCUCUUGCCCUCACUCCACCUCCUCUGGGUCCAGGAGCCUCUGGCCACACUUGCUGGGCCGUCGGGCUCACUGUGUCUUUAUGGAUUUUCACUCAUCCCAGUUCCCCACAGGAUGGCCCUCUCCUCACAUCCUCACAUGCAGGAGUGCACAGUUGUUGAAUGAAUGCAUAAAGCAAAAGUAUUAAUGAAACCAAAUUUUGAAAACCGUCAAAGGCAUGACUCCUGGUAGUGUUUCUCCAUGUGGGUGUGUCCUUGCUUGGUGCAGCCCCUGUCCCCACCCCUGGUGUUUGUCCCGUCUCGAAGCACAGGGGGUAAGGGGCAUUCUUUCCUGUUCCUUUCAGAUUCUGCGGUUGGGAUUGUGACUGAGCAGGCCUGUGAGGACGUGGAUGUUCUAAGAUCAGAACCCUGUGUGGCGCUGGUCAGAAGCCCCUCACAGGGUUUUCCUCAGACUUCUAGCUUUAGAGACACCUGUGAUUCUGAGGUCUGGUCAGAGACUAAGCCAGGCUCCCUCCUCCAGAAAAAGCACUUGAUCUCAGGGACCGUGGCUACCAGGAAGACCUUCGCCAAGGAGGGUGCCCAGGGUUGUGGCGAGCUGGAGAGCAGUGGUGGCCUGGGUGGUCAGCCUGGCAGAAGUCCAGGAGGUGCUGCUGAGGGGACAUCCCGAAGAUGUGACACGUGUGGUACAAGUUUUAGAUCUACUUCAGACGUUGUUCUGCAUCAAGGAAUGAAUACACAGAAAAAAACUAGUAGAUGUCCAGAGUGCAAAAAAAAUUUCCCCGAUUGUUUACAGGGGAGAAAUGGAAGUAACUGCCACAGAGAGAAGCCCUAUGAGUGCGAGGAGUGCGGGAAAGUCUUCAGGUUGUGCUCACAGCUUAAUCAGCAUCAGAGAAUCCACACUGGAGAAAAGCCAUUCAAAUGCAUCGAGUGUGGAAAAGCCUUUCGUCUGAGCUCAAAACUUAUUCAGCAUCAAAGAAUUCAUACUGGAGAGAAGCCCUACAGGUGUGAGGAGUGUGGAAAGGCCUUCGGUCAGAGCUCCAGCCUCAUCCACCACCAGAGGGUCCACACAGGGGAGAGGCCCUAUGGCUGUCGGGAGUGUGGGAAGGCCUUCAGCCAGCAGUCCCAGCUGGUCAGACACCAGAGGACCCAUACCGGGGAGAGACCCUACCAGUGCCAGGAGUGUGGGAAGGCCUUCAGCCAGAGCUCAACGCUGGCCCAGCACCAGCGGAUGCACGCUGGGGACAAACCCCAACUUCCACGGAGCCCAGAUGGUCCCGGCCUCAUUGCACAUCAGAGAACCCACCCUGCGGAGAAGCCGUUUAAGUGUGACGAGUGUGGGAAGGCCUUCAGGUGGGUGUCUCGCCUUAGUCAGCAUCAGCUGACCCACACCGGAGAGAAACCUUACAAAUGCAACAAGUGUGCAAAAGCCUUUGGUUGUAGCUCACGACUUAUUCGCCAUCAGAGAACUCACACUGGAGAAAAACCAUUUAAGUGUGAGGAGUGUGGGAAAGGCUUUGUCCAGGGCUCACACCUAAUUCAGCACCAGAGAAUUCACACUGGAGAGAAGCCCUAUGAGUGUAGUGACUGUGGAAAAGCCUUCAGCCAGAGCUCAAGCCUCAUUUACCAUCAGAGAAUCCAUAAGGGAGAGAAGCCCUACGAGUGCCUCGAAUGCGGAAAAGCUUUCAGUAUGAGCACACAGCUCACAAUACAUCAGAGGGUCCAUACUGGGGAGAGACCCUACAAGUGUACUGAAUGCGGGAAAGCCUUCAGUCAAAACUCAACCCUUUUCCAGCACCAGAUAAUCCAUGCAGGAGUGAAGCCCUACGGAUGCAGUGAGUGUGGGAAAGCCUUCAGCCGGAGCUCCUAUCUUAUCGAGCACCAGAGGAUCCACACCCGGGCCCAGUGGUAUCAUGAGUAUGGGAAUACCCUGGAAGCUUCUACCCACGUGAGCCGUAAAAAAGUCAAUACUGUAAAGAAACUGCAUAAAUGUAAUGAAUGUGAGAAAAUAUUCAGGUGGCGCUCACAUCUCAUUAUACAUCAGAGAAUCCACACCGGAGAGAAACCUUACAAAUGUAACGAUUGUGGCAAAGCUUUUAAUCGGAGCUCAAGGCUUACUCAGCAUCAGAAAAUUCACAUGGGGUAGACCUCUUACCUUUAUAAAUGUGUAUAAGUGUGAAUAAACCUACAGCCUUAACUUUACCUAUUUUAUAUGGGAUCAUUUAUACUAAGAAUUUAGAAUGUGGGGAGAGAGUCCAAAUUCCUCUCUUAGGAAAGAAAAUGUCCAAAUUCCUAUAAAGUGGAUGUUCCUUUGCUGGAAUGUGUGACCUUAGCCCGCUCAGCAAAGCCUGUGUCCCUCGAGUCAGGGUGCACAUGUGUAGGGUUUUGAAUUCACAGAGGGAAGACCCUUGGUCCUGUGGAUGAGGAAGAUCAUGGGAAAAGGCCUGUGAGCAGCGCCACACAGCUUAGAAGUUACCCAAAGUGUCUCCCCUGAGCACUGGCCCCUCAGACUGCCUUCAGCAAUCAGGAUGUGUUUGUUUGUGCUCAUGGAAGCCCAGAGCGAGGGGCCUAGAACUCCCUUCUCUUGCCUUCUUCACCUGACUCCUUCCGAGUCAGCCCCACCAGAGCAAGCUGGGGAUACGCCAGAGGGCCCCGGGGACCAGGCUCUGCAGAGAGGAGCUCGGAUCAGCACGGGACUCCAGGAACCAAGCCCAGGUUGUGAUUGUGGGACCUAUUCUGCGACUCUGGGAUGUUAUCGUCCUUGAAAUCCAGAGUCUCUCUGCUUGCCAGCAUCAUUACAGGAUGAUCGGAAGAACUGAACUGUGAGAGCUCUCCCCCCCGCAACCCAACUCUGAGACCCCCGAGCCAGCGUCUCCAGCCAAACCCAGUGCAGACCUGGCCUCAGCAGGAAGAGCUCAUGGGAGCCCAGUGGAUGCCCUCCAGAGGCCAGGAUGUGACCCUUCCUGCUGCUUCCCAGACUUCCUCAGACUUGGUCCUGCUGUACAAACUGCCAGAACUGGGAGGGUCUAUAAGCAGACAGGUGGGCCUGUUGCCUUUUCCCAGAGGCUGGUGGAGAUGGAGACAGACUGCUCCCAGCAGCAUGAGACUGAGGACGGUAUGGAUCGUGGCCCUGCCCUAGGGUCCUGGAGUCACCAACUGUGACAGCGUUUGAGGGGACCAGAGAUUUUACUCAGACUGGCUACUACCUGCUGCCACUCACGCAGGACCUGUCGGUCAUUGGUGUCACUGCCAGUUACCACUUAGACAAAACAUGGGCCAAAGAGCCCUCCUCCCUGUCCUGGUGGAGAGGCCCAUGUCUCCCACGUAUAGUUUGGGAUGGUCAGGUCCAUGUGGUUUCUGUUCUAGCACACGGACCGGGAUCUCAGCCCAAUCACCAGCCACCGCUGGUAACCAAAGGGACAUAGGCCAGUCGCUCCGUGAUUUAUGGCAAUACUUGAUUUGGGUCACCGUCACACCAGUCUGGCUAAGCCUCUGGGUAGGUCCCAGAGAUGCAGCCUUGAUGGCCAAGUGUUGUGCAGCUCAAUAGCAGGUUAUAGAUUUGUAUCGGGAAAAAGGGGCUGGUUCCUAUGUUCACAGUGGGAGGUUCCAGAACUUCUGGCAGUUUGGGAUGGUCAGGUCUGUGUGGGUUUCUGUUCUAGCACACGGACCAGGAUCUCAGCCCAAUCACCAGCCACCGCUGGUUAGCCAAGCACAAAGUCCGGUGUGAUGUCCGACUGCAGUACUAGUUCUCGGGGUGAAGAUUGUGCCCCCAGACUGUACCUACACCUUUGGAGGUGUUCCCUCUCCAGGUGCCAGGGCACGAUGAAACCACUGUGCCCAUUUCAGUAGCUGUAACUGCCUCUGCAGCUGUCCCUGCUCCACCCAGAACUUGGGUCCAGAAAGGUCAGUGCGAGAGGACCAGGGACUGUGGCCCCACAUGGCUCAGGAGGGCAGGUUGGCCACUGACUGUGCCGUCCCCCGACAGGAAUCCUCUCUCGGCCACUUCCUGGGUGGUGAUAGGACAGAGGGGUGGGAGGUUACAUGAAGGCUUCCAAAUUCCAACCUGGGCACGAUGCUGUCCUCUACCAGCAGCUCCAGGCCAGCCAAAAAGGGCCAGAGGCUUCCACGUAAAUCACCCAGGCCCCUGGAUUUUCUCUUUGGAUUGACCUGGUCCUAGAUCGGGGCCUGGAACAUGGAGGCUAUUAGACUGGGUCGCUCUCAUUCCUUGGGAGCUCCACAGGCUGACCAAAAUGUAGGCCAGAGUCGAUUCCUGUAAGUGCACUCAUCUGGGAGGAUGAAGUUUAAGAACGGCCCAUCACAGCCAUGAGCAGUCUCCUUUGUGAGACUCUCCCCGUCUCCUGCUGGCACGGCACUCACUGUUAGGUGGGCACUGCCUGGUUCCAGCCCACGUUUGUGCAAAUAAACUCUUUAACACUUUGAUGUACCUCACUUUACCUCUUUAAAGGCUUAGAAGCUAAGAAGGGUUUUUACAUUUUUAAGUGGGGGGAAAAAAAGACUAUUUUGUGACAUUUCAAAGUUCUGUUGAAAUGAGAUUUCAGUGUGACCAAAUAAAGUUUAUUGGAACAGA